GCUCAGUACAUCACUCCGGAUGUCCAGAGCUACCGAGACAACCCUUGGGGGGCUCGGAGGCCCUGGAAUGUUGCCAAAAGUACCUGGUGGCUUGACUUUGAUCCUUUUAAAGAAAUGAUACCUGAAGGUGAGGAGAUGAGAAAAUUUCAUGUCUAAAUAGAGAGGGGAUGUUAUUCACUUGUUAGAACUUAAGUUAGAAUGCACUGUACAGGGGGGUUUUAUGUAUUGUACAGGGGGGUCUAGAAUUCUGUGCAUGGAUCAGGAGUCCCAAGAUGGAGGAAUUUGGGCGUGCCCUGUCCUUCUUCUUUCUUCUCCUUGGCAUCCAUGUUCAGGAUGAUGUUGGCAUGUGUGGAUUGGUUCAUAGAAAGAGUACACUUGCCAACAAGGGCAGAAAGUAUUGGGAAGUAAAGGUAAAUAUCGAAUACGUAAUUUUCAUUAUAAAAGAGACAACCGCCUCGUGGGCGGGGGAGAGUGCCUUUGGCUGUCCUGCUGAUCAGACCUCGGCUGGACAGACAGAAAAUCUUUGUAGAUAAGAAAUAAUAAACUCGACUGAAGACCGAAAGCAAGAGUCCAGACUCCUUCUUCGAGAGCGCGGCCUACCCAGAACCACUUUUUCCCGUGCUGGGGCAGAGACAAGCAACAGCCGACCCCGGCAUCUGGCGUCCCUGGGUGGGCACGAAGGGGGGCCCGAAGGUGGGCACGAAGAGCGACAGCUCGAGCGGAGAGCCGAAGAGUGAGCUGCAAAGAGAACACCCAGGUGGGCAGCACCCGAGCGGGCAGCUCCCAGGCGGGCAGUUCCCGGAGCUGGACUCAUUCCCAGGAGAGCACUGAUAACUCCUUGGGAAGGCAGCCAGAAGAGUCCGAAGAAGCAGCAGCCAAAGAGAGAACACCGCACUCCACUUCUCCCGAAGAGACCUCGUAUCAGAACAGCCCGGAGCGGAAUCAGAAGGGCCCCUGAAUCCAUCUCCUGUGACCUGCUGGACGGGAACCGGGAGCCUCCAGACUGCUCUGACGACAUAAAUUCGGUGAGAAGGUCAAAAAUUAAGAAACAUGGGGAACACACUCACACAGGAACAAAUAGAAACAUUGUCAGCCUUACAAGGCGUGACAGAAGCGUACGCAGAGGGGGUUUCUAAAAAGGAGCUCAAAGAGUUAUUAUUGUGGGUCAGAUAUAAUUAUCCGUUUGCAGAAACACAUGUGUUGUUUGAGGUGGGCUUUUGGCAAGAAGUUAACAGACAUUUAUAUUUUUUAGCUACCAGAAAGGAAGAGACGGCUUUCAAGCUGUUAUCUCCAGCGAGAAUUAUGUUAGAGGCUAUCUCUGCAAGGUGUCGGAGAUCAGCCAGGGAAUUAGGUUCCACAACUCCCACAAGGGCGGGGAAAACAGAGCACGGCUCGGUGCAGAGAUUGGCUCUGGUUCCAAUUGGCCCGGGGGGGACAGCUCCCGAGGGAGAGGAGCAAGGGGAAAAGGCACUGCUUUCAGCCCUGUCAUCCCAAAGUCCCAAGAGACCUCCAAAACGCCCUGAAACCCCAGAAACUGAGGGGGGUUCAGGUUCCGAUUCAGACGCGAAUGCAAUCCCAACCCCAGAAGAGCUAAGAUCUUUACCCAGCGAGAUCGAGGGGUCGGGGACGAUUGUUCCUGAAUCUCGAAUCUCGGGGAACGAAGGGGCGGGGGAGGCGGAAGAAUCGGGAAGGGGGGUCCGCGGGGGAUUGAAGGGGGAUGGGGAAACGCUUUCUCGCGGCGGCGCGGCGGCGACGGCGGCGGUCGCGACCGGCGGGGGGGGGCGCGGAAGCGGUGGGGAACACGAGUUUUGGCACGGGUUUUGGGGGACCCACACCGGGGGUGGCGGCCUUGGCGGGCGCCGUGCCAAAGACGCACGCGGGGGGCGAGACACGCGGGACAUCCGGGAAGGGCUCCCAAAUCACAGCGUCCACGUCAGACGCGGGGAACAAGCUCAGAGCAGCCGCGGAACUCCGAGCAGCACCCGUAAGUAGACGUAGGGGACGCACGGCGGUGACGCAGGACCCGGAAGUCGAACCGCGGCGGUCAGCUCGCAUCGCGGAGCAAACACGGGCACGGGCGAAGCAGGGAUCGUACACACGGAGCAAGGUCCGAAGUGGGUGUCGGCACGACACGUGAAGCCGUUUCGAACGCAAGAACAAAAGAACACAGAUCCCGGAAACAGAGAGACAAGUACUCAGACAGAGGAGGAGACUCAAACUACAAGCAAUAAUCUAGAAGAAACAGAAGAAUAAAAGACUUUGGGGGGUUUUCUGAAAAACUUUGGGUGGAAAAUGGUGAUAUUUAGUCAGAAAGGCGGGGUGAUGAACUUUGCAAUGUUCAUGUGUUUUGUCUCAUUGCCAAUGGUUUUGAACAACAAAGCAAAUUUACCAGUCAAUCAGCCAGAGAAAAAUGUUUGGGAAGCUUUAGCCCAAGCAGCAGAUUUAGAUAGCAUUUGCCUGACGCACUCCAGACCAGGGAGGCCAUUUUCAGCAUGCAUGAUUGGAUUGCCAGUGAGUGAAUGGCCAAUUCCAGGACACACUGCAAUCGAGAUCUCACAGGUCGUUAAAGAUCCUGUGAAUGAAUGGUAUACUUGGAUACAUUCUCUUCCUGUGGCUUCUUCUGAACCUCAGGAAUUGGAGAUUUUCGGGUCCAUGACAAUGAAUGUAUGCAUGAAAUUUGAAAUUUCAGGUACAGCAAAGCCAAACAAAACUAUUGAUGUUACUCCCAGUCAUGAAUUCUACAGAAAUGCGUCAGCCUGGUGCAACAACACCAUGGUGACAGACAAAGGGUCACUCCAAGUCCCAGUGCAACUGCCAAGGGGAUUCUUUUUGAUUUGUGGAGACAGGAUUUGGCAUGGUAUUCCUGCGAAUGCCAAGGGAGGUCCAUGCAGCAUUGGAAGAAUUUCAAUGCUGACGCCAGAUUUAAAGAUGCAGAAAGAACAAAAACAUAAAGAAAAAAGAUCUUUACAGUAUUUCGAUGAGAAUUGUGAUGACAGGGUUUACACUUGGAGCAAGGCAAGGAGGAUUGCGAUAGCAAUUUUCUCACCUCAGGCAGCAUCAGGAAUUGCUUUGACUCAAUUGGAUCGUAUGGGUUGUUGGCUAAGCAAGCAUGCUCAAUCAGUCUCUCUUGCACUGAGUGACAUGUUACAAGACAUGAACAGUGUAAGACAGGCAACUCUGCAAAACAGAGCAGCAAUCGAUUAUCUUUUGCUUGCUCACGGCCAUGGGUGCAAAGAAUUUGAAGGAAUGUGCUGUAUGAAUCUCUCCGACCAUUCCAGGUCAAUUCAUGAAAAUAUUGAAAAAAUAGAGGAGAGUGUGAAGAAACUUGGCGAGAUCACAGGAUCUUGGAUUGAGGACAUGGCAAAGUUUUUUGAUCUUUCACCUUUGGGAAAAGAAAUUUUAAAGAUAGGGUUUCAAAUUUUGGUGAUUCUCAUAGUUCUCUUGAUUGUAAUCCCAUGCAUUCUUUUGUGUGUGCGGGGUGUCAUGAGUCGAGUUGUAAAGAGGGUGCUUUUGGUGCAAACAGAAGGGGGAGAUGUGGGAGCUCAGUACAUCACUCCGGAUGUCCAGAGCUACCGAGACAACCCUUGGGGGGCUCGGAGGCCCUGGAAUGUUGCCAAAAGUACCUGGUGGCUUGACUUUGAUCCUUUUAAAGAAAUGAUACCUGAAGGUGAGGAGAUGAGAAAAUUUCAUGUCUAAAUAGAGAGGGGAUGUUAUUCACUUGUUAGAACUUAAGUUAGAAUGCACUGUACAGGGGGGUUUUAUGUAUUGUACAGGGGGGUCUAGAAUUCUGUGCAUGGAUCAGGAGUCCCAAGAUGGAGGAAUUUGGGCGUGCCCUGUCCUUCUUCUUUCUUCUCCUUGGCAUCCAUGUUCAGGAUGAUGUUGGCAUGUGUGGAUUGGUUCAUAGAAAGAGUACACUUGCCAACAAGGGCAGAAAGUAUUGGGAAGUAAAGGUAAAUAUCGAAUACGUAAUUUUCAUUAUAAAAGAGACAACCGCCUCGUGGGCGGGGGAGAGUGCCUUUGGCUGUCCUGCUGAUCAGACCUCGGCUGGACAGACAGAAAAUCUUUGUAGAUAAGAAAUAAUAAACUCGACUGAAGACCGAAA